GGUUUAAUCCGAAACGCGGUCUGUUGCGGGGCCGCCCUGGCCUGUCCUGUCCUGCCCUGGCCUGGCCUGCACUGGCGUGCCCUGGCUGACGGCAAGAACUCUGCAGCCGCCAGCCGGUCAGCUACUAGGACGUAGUGGACACGGGCUGAAGAGGAACUUGGAAUGGAAGGGGAGUGGUGUCUGCAGAGGAGAGUCCGGAGAGUCCGCGUCCGGGGAAAUCUUCCGAGCCCGACCGACGGCGAUCACGACGUCAGCCUUCCUUUAGCUGGUCCGUCCAAAAGAGUUGAAACGAAACGUAGGGCACUCUUAGAAAUUCAGGGUUCUCCCUCGCCCAUCCCGCCUCCCCCCCGCGCCGAAGAAGUCGGGAUCAACACGACAGUCCGUCGGUCGGAGUAUCGAUAUGCAGGUCAUCCCCGCGAUCUGCAGAUGCAGUCUAAAGGGAAGGGAAGGGAAGGGAAGGGAAGGGAAGGGAAGGGGGCUUCAAGGAAGGGGAUGGGGAUGGGGAAGGGAAGGGAAGGGAGGGAGGAGGAAUGGGAGGUGAAGAACCGGCGUCACGAGGGUGUGGCUUCGUUCUUGCUGAGUGGCCCAGCGACACGGCUGCGUCCCCCUGAGGGUGUUUCACGCUGGAACGGGGUAACCAAGCACUUUGCGUGGGUAUGUACAGGGGGAAGGGGUGAUGCGAUACCUACUCUACAUACAUGGCAUUGAUAUGUACCCGGCAUAGAUACUUAAGCACCCGCGACGUCCUGCGUUCUGCGGAGCGGCCCAGAACUGGAGGAGCCGUAGCGAUAAAAAUACUCGAGCAGCGCCCGACUUUCGUUUCAUCACCAUCACCACCAUCUUCUACUUCUUCGGCGCAG